AUGGCCGCCAGCCGCAGCUCCCUGCUGCAGCUGCUCUGGAUCUCUUGGAUCAUUUGGCAGCUACCUUUGGUCAGCGGAUAUCUAAACAUUUUUAUCAGCCACCACGAGGUGAUGAAACUGAUGGGACUGGAGGCGGAUUUGUUCUACGUGCACGAGGGAGCCAUUAACACAUACGCGAUGCACUUCACCGUUCCCGUCCCGGCAGAUGUGCACGAGCUGGAGUUCUCCUGGCAGAGUCUCAUUGCUUAUCCGCUGCGCUACACAAUCAGCAUCGAAUACGCCAACGACCAGGACGCACUGGGUACACCCACGCUGAGCAUUCCACACAAGGGUCUGGUGCCGCAGGAGAUCGAGUCCUUCCUGGUUUACCUGCCCUGCACUGGCAACGCAAGCCUUCAACUGCCGGUCAAUGUCAACAUGGUAGUGCAGGGACCUCCCCGCUUCAACGACACUCGGCUCCACUUCAAGCGCAACAAGAUCUGUGCCAAGGGCAUCUCACCCGAACCAAACCAGUCGCCGGCCCCAGCCCACGCCCCUUCCCAGGGACCGGCUCUGAUGAGCGCUGCUGCCUGCGCUCUGGGCCUGGUCUUAGCCGUAGGCCUCGUGGCUAGCAUGAUGUAUGUGCGGGCUCGCAAGCAGCUGCGCCAGGACUCGCUACACACCAGCUUCACUACAGCGGGUUAUGGCAGUCAUCAGAAUGUGUUCAUUCGCCUUGAUCCUUUAGGUCGACCGCCGAGUGCCACCGGAUCCUACGCGACCAUUGCCAGCCUCAAUAAAUAUCCAGCAGAGAGCAAAAAGUCGUGCAGCAUAUUCGACCGGUUCCGCAGCUCGCCCACACCUACACCCUACGCCACCGCCCUGCUGCCAAUGGGAGACCAGGGUGGAGAAACCAUUUACUCAAAGCCAGAAUCCGUCUGUCCCUCGAGAAUAUCCUACUACGCCUCCUCCCAGCUAACCCAGGCCUGCAGCAUGUCCACACCGAAGAGCAGCCGUGGCAAUGGCAGCGGCAGUCUCUUCGGCGGCAUUGCCACCGGCAGCACCAUCACCGUGGGCAGUCACGGACAUGGCGACAAGACCAAGGAGCGUCUGCGUCGCAUACCCAGUGUGCAGCCGGGCGCCUUGAGCUACGAACAGCUCAUUAAGGAGGGCACCUUUGGUCGCAUCUAUGCGGGCAAGCUGGGCGAGACUUGCGAUGCGCUGGUCAAGACGGUCAUCGAUGGCGCCUCGUUGACGCAAGUGGCCUGCCUACUGCAGGACGCCUCGCUGCUGAUCGGCGUCAGCCAUCAGCACAUAUUGGCGCCUUUGUUGGCCAACACGGAGCUGCCCGGUCCGCCCGAGAUUGCAUACCCCUAUCCGUCCAAGGGCAAUCUAAAAAUGUACUUGCAAAAGUCACGGGAAUCCAGCACUGCGUUGAGCACCCGCCAGCUGGUGGAGUUUGGACUCCAUAUAACCAAGGCGCUGGCCUAUCUGCACUCGCUGGGCAUUGUGCACAAGGAUUUGGCCACGCGCAAUUGCUACGUGGAUGAGGAGGCGUAUGUGAAGAUUUGCGACAGCGCGCUCUCGCGGGAUCUCUUCCCGGAUGACUAUGACUGUCUGGGCGAUAAUGAGAAUCGUCCGCUCAAGUGGCUGUCGCUGGAGUCGCUGCAGAAGAAGGUCUAUACCACGCAGGGCGAUGUCUGGUCUCUGGGCGUACUCUACUGGGAGCUGGUCACACUGGCCCAGAUGCCGCACGAGGAGGUGGACAUAUUUGAGCUUACCAAUUACUUGGCUGCCGGCUAUCGUCUGGAGCAGCCCGUAAAUUGUCCGGAUGAAUUCUUUACGGUCAUGAACUGCUGCUGGCACUGUGAGCCCAAACAGCGUCCGACACCCGCCCAGCUGUUGUCCUAUCUGCAGGACUUUCACGUCGAUCUGGGCAUGUAUAUCUAAGGAUCCUGAUGAUGACUGACUGAUAGGCCUGCGAGCUAAGCAUUCAGCGCGUAAAAAACUUAUUGUAUA